UGCCGAUUGUGUUGACGCAGGUUUGAGCACUAGUCCAGCUCGCCUGCAUUCCUCCUCUCUCCAAAGCCUGACCGAUAGAGACAGAGAAAGAAAAGGAAGAGAGGAGGGGGGGAGAAAAGGCCAAUUAUUAUUCACAACCGUGUUGGAUUUUUAUGAACCACGGAGCUGAGUCGCACCGGACGCACCGACCGGAGAAAAACGGUGAAAAUAAUCGAAUCCAAGGAACGACGGCUCUGUUUGGACCUACGAUAACGACAAAAGCUGUUUCGCUUCUUGAAAACGGGACUUUGCGUUGAUUGCUAUCGAAACGUAGCCUUCCUCUCCACGGCGGAUAUCUCCUUUUUUUUUCUCUUUUUUUCUAAUGAGGAUUUGCAAGAUGGCAGAUGACAGCUACCCCUAACAAGGACAGAAAUGCGACGUCCCCUUUAAGAUUAAUGGGGUAUAUUUUUGUAUUUCUGCUCGCCUAAAUGUACAGAUAUGGCUGCUUUUUUAAAAUAAUGAUUGUAUUAGCGACGAACGUCCUUGUCGGGCAGUAGUGCCUGGUUAGUGUUUAUUUGUACCUGUGCUAUGAUAGAAAAUGGUGAGGUGACGUCUGAGGUAAUUUACACGAUUUAUUCGAGAUAAAGAAGUGAAAAAAUAUGUUGUUGGCUAAAGGUUGAAGCGACUAUAAGUGAAUACGGAGGAGAUCACGCUUAUAAAACGAGGCCAUAGCUUGAAUAUAGUUAAUAUCUAUCCUUAAAACAAGAGAUAUACGAUAGAUGUGUCCGAGGGUGGAAAGCAAAAGCUUUUGCAACAGCAGCCAACAUUCCUGCGGAUCCUAAAAGCCUUUGUUUUGUGCGCAGGAGCUGGACUCGACUAUUAAAACGAUUAACUAUGCAGUAAACAGGCUGGAAAAUGAUGGCCCGGGUAUGAUUCUCAGAGUAAUGAGAUUAUAAGGCCUUUGUUGUCGACAGUAAAGUGCUCGAAAAGCCGAGGCCUUGUGUAUAGAUAUGUGAGCAGUGCCACAUAGCAGGCGUUAUUCGUCAAUCAGAAAUGUCGCUUUUUAGUUAGAUUGAAGGGCUGGAGGUAGCUGUGGUGUUAAUCUGACCUGUAGAACAACAUUUCUCGUCUCUAGCUAACACGUCGCUGGCUGUAUGUAUAAUUAAAUUGCAGGUGGAGGCUCCUCGGAUACUUAUUUAUGAUUCAGCGGACAAAAGCAUUGCGCUGCGUUGUGAUUAUUGAAAGGAAUGAAGCGUCCUUGAGGUCCUGACCAAACAGAUUCAGGUUUUAAAACAGCUCUGUGUGUGUGUGAUUAGUAAUCAGGGUGUGGACUGGACUGGAGCAGUCCUUUCUCGUGGCUUUCAUGCUUCGUUUGCUGGUCUGAAUCAUAAUCCGACGUUGGAGUGAACGGAGAUCUCAAGGUAAGGGCCUGAGCAGGCAGCAGGAAAGGAUCAUUUCAUGUGCUAUACAGAGAUUUCAAUCCCCCUAUGAUCGUCUGUGUAAUAGUUUAGAUAUUUAGUUCUCUGUGCCUUGUUUGCAUUUCAUGGUUUACCUGUAGCAGGCAGGAUUUUAGCUUCCUGUAGGCCCAUAAACACACACACAGGAGCUGUAAAGGUAGGCCCCUCUGCUAUGUGUGUGAUUCAGAGGGAAGGAAAGCACGUUUACUGUAAUCUGUAAAACGUCAGCCCCUGCUGUGCGUGUUGAAAUCACCAAGGUGUUGUCAUCCUUGCCUGAAGCCUUCUCUGGUCAAUUUUCUGGAAUUUGCCUUCAUGCUACAGCAAUAAGCAAUACUCAUCUGUCAGGGAGACUUGUCUCAUUUGGUCACAAGGGUUGAAACACAGACCGAUCUGUGAGGACUGCGUCAGGUCUGUUUUAAUCUUUUCCUUAAGACUCAUUUUUUUGAGAGUGUCAGGUUUCCUGUGAGGACAGAGAGGCCUGGCAGAAGUGGAAAACAGUUGGUGUAUGCCUGCCCACACCAUGAUGGCCUCUGACAUGGCUGAGACAUGGAGGAACUGUUUUGAGGAGGAGCUCAUCUGCCCCAUCUGCCUGCACGUGUUCUCAGAUCCCAUCCAGCUGCCCUGCAAGCACAACUUCUGCCGGGGCUGCAUCAGCGAGGCCUGGGCCAAAGACUCCUCACUGGCCCGCUGCCCUGAGUGCAAUCAUGCUUACACGCAGAAGCCUAGCCUGGAGAAGAACCACAAACUGUCCAACAUAGUGGAGAAGUACAAUGCCCUAAGUGUGGAGAAGGCCACCACGCCGGCGCUGCAGUGUAUACUUUGUCGCCGAGGCCCGCCACUCCCUGCUGUGAAAGUCUGCCUGCGCUGCAACGCCCCAUGCUGCCAGUCCCACGUCCAGACGCACCUGCAGCAGCCGUGCUCGGCGCUCGGGCACUUGUUGGUGGAGGCCGAGGCGGUGAAGGCCUGGACCUGCCUGCAGCAUGACGAGUACCGGCUGUACCACUGCGAGGCCGAGCAGACUGCUGUAUGUCAGUACUGCUGCUUUGCCCGCUGCCACCCUAGCCACGGCCAUGCUGUCACUGACGUGGAGCUGAGACGUAAUGACAUCAGACAAAGCCUUUUAAGACAGCAGGAGCGUGUGGAGGAACGGGUGCAGGAGAUCGAAGAACAGCUCUGCAAACUCGACUCUGACAAGUGUGUGGUGGAGGACAGGGUGUGUGAGCUCAAAGAGGAGGUGCGUGUGCAGUACCAGCGGAUGCACCAGCUCCUGGAGGAGGAUCUGGGCCGGACCCUGGAGGCUCUGGAUCGCGCUCAGGCUCGGUUCUGCCAGGAGAAUGCCGCCCAGGUUUUGGUUCUGGGUGAGCAGCGCCACGAGGCCCAGAAGCUGCUGAGCUCUAUCCACACAGCCUUCAACAAGGCGGAGGACCUGAGCUUCAUGAAAAACACCAAGCCUGUUAAAAUCCUCACAGACAGGUCUCAGGCAUGUGUGGGCAGCAGUCUCCCUCCUUACAAAGUGGGAAAUCUAAACUCUAAACUGUUCCUCUCUGAAAUUUCUAAAAGAGAGAAGAGCCUGAAGAGAACACUGGAAGUUCCCCUCACCCCUCCCUCGACCUUCCUGCAGUCUGUUCCUGCGUAUCCCAGCGGCCAGAGCUCUGGCUCCGGAUCAGAGAAACGGAAACAUUCCACCGCCUUCCCAGAGGGCAACGGGAACGUCGGUAAGAAUGCAGCGCCAGGUUUCAAGGACUCCUCCUCCUCUUCCUCAUCUUCUUCCUCAUCCCUGGCCAAGCAACCCUACCUGGGCUCCAGCUCCUCCUCUGGGGAAGGCCAGUCCACCAAUCAGCAGGCCCUCGGUCCCUGUGGCCCACCUCAUAUCAGCGAGAGCGGCGGGACGGGAAGUGGAAGCGGCUCCCUGACCAACCACCACUCGGGCUCCGUGUUCGGUUCCUCACACUUUCCUCCGGGAGGCAGCAGCUCCUCUCACUCCUCCCAGCAGACCGUGCUGCCUCAGUAUGGCGGCCGUAAAAUCCUAGUGUGCACAAUGGAUAACUGCUACUGCUCCGGAGUGCCGUCUGUGUCAGGCCACCGCAGCCACCCUCCAUAUCCUCGCUCGGGCUCCUUCCCCUGGGUAAGCGCCCAGGACUACCCCCCUCCUCCUGGUCUUGCCUCUGGAGGUCCAUCUAUGCAGGGGCUGGCAGUGAGAGACUGGAUAGACGCUUCACAGACGCACAGACAUGCAGAUUUUUACGGGCUGUAUGGGCAGCCAUCUACAAAGCACUACGUCACCAGUUAACGGAGUAGACACCGAUAUAGCUACAGGACAGACAGGCACCCAAAUAGCACACCUUUACCAACUUAUUUACUGGAAAAAACACAAUGCAGUUACCAUUUACACAAAGUAAAUAUUAAAAUUUAUAUCCACACACUCUGAUCUAGUGCAUACACACAUAUUCGGGGGCAGGGUUGAUCUCUUUGUGCAUUUAUUUUUCCUCAUUUUUUCAUUUCCAGCCAGUGUUUCAUGACAUGUAUCAUACAUAAACAGCCAUUUGCACCAUUCUGGCACAACUUAGCUGAGCAUUUUACACAUAAACAACAAACCAGAGGCCUAAGAGGAGAUUUUUACAUCUUUUUAUUUAAAGUGCAGGAGACAGAUUGAUGGAAAACAAACUUUAAUUAGGAAAUCUUCUCAUGCCUCUUCAUACUGACGCUAAAGGGAAAACAUCAUCAUGCAGUUUUGACCUUUCCAGUUUAGCGCUUCGUCCGAUAUAAUCACCCCUCCAGUCGUACUGAGGUCAGUUGCCUUAUGUUAUUAGCGUCACAUUUUGCUCUGCCCGGCUCACUUUGUUUGAUAGAUCCUUUAAUGAGGGACCGCAGCCCCUUGGUGUCUCCUUGAUUUUUAUUUUCAUGGCGACUCUUCCUUUCUUUGCUAAGUUCAGGGAUGGAUCAUACAGCUUGAACACAAAAAACGCUCUUCCAUGGAACACCCACAUUGCAAUUGUGGACGCCUUGUUAUGCUAGGAGUACAGACCUGCAGAGAGACACAAGAGCUUAAAGGUUUGGGAAAACUGUCCUCCUUCCCAGUGCUCUUUUUUUCUGCACAGGACAGAAGCUCUUCUUCUGACAAAGACUGUUUCCAUUUAGUACUUACUCUGACUUUGUGUUAUUUGGUACAUCCAUAGGUUUCGUGCUCGUCUAGAAAGACUCUUUGAUCCAAGAGAAAAAGGCAGACUGGACGAGCCAAACCAAUCAAGCAUCUGGAGGAUCUGAUGAUGCUGUAAUUGUACUUCCUGCAGGGCAAAGAUGUCACUUCCUCUCAAUAAGCACACACAAGCUCUUGGCUUCCUGUUUGCAGCUAAAAGCAUGCAAGGAAGAUUUUUUUAAAGCACUCAAAUGAAGAACAAUGGGGGGAUAAUGUAUGCAGUUUUAAAAAUGAGUGUAAGUGAAAACAAGGAGGGCGGGUGGACUUUUUUUCAUGAACUUUUUCUAAAAGAGCAAGACUGGACUGCAAGAUGUAAGCAAUUGUCAUCAUCCUAAAAAGGAGCUGUUACAACAAAUAACAUGAAUUUAAAAAAAAAGAAAAAAAAAAGUCAUCAAAGUAUCUUUUUUGUAAAUAUUUUGUGAAAUGGAAAAUUACGGACGUGAUUUGGAGAAGGGUUCCAAAUAAACAAACAAAUUAA